UUCCGAGCCUAUAUCUCUGCGGCGCGGUAAUUUCAGCAGAUCUCCACUGCGGUGCCACUUAAUGACUCACAGCUCAUGCAUACUCAUACUCCUGAAGACAUAAACGCGCGGGAUUAGACGGUGCGCGCGACGCCUUCUGUGGCAGCUCAAACAGAUGAGGACUCAAAUGCUGACACCUUCAUAUUUUUAAGAGGAGAAGAACCCAGUUUCUACCACGGCUCCAUAAAAUAACUCAGCACCCCAUGGAGAACAGUGACAAUGGCUUUUUUUUGGGUUGCAGAUCAGGGUUCCAUUUAAAGUGGGGGACUGUUAACAGAAAGCUUGUAAUUCCCCCCACGUCGCCCACCUUAGUCAACCCUGCUUUGGCAGCAGUUACAGAGGGCUACUUGUGUUUUAAGCAUGUGACAAAGUGAGAGAGGGAGACAGGGAGAGCUCAGGCGCCUGUUCCUGCUCUGCGCUGAGCUGAGCGCACGUCGACGACUCCAACAGGAUCUGGAUCCUGCGCUCUUCCACGCAGCUACAGCGAGAAGGCGGGUCAAGACUAAACAAUAAUAUAAAUAUAUAAAUGCCGAAUCUCCAUCUGGAUAUUGUUCAGCCUUUUUGGGGGGCAGUUUUCCGACGCAUUCCAUUACAUCUGUUCAAUUAUUUGCGCCAAGGAGCCGAUUUCUCUUUUUUUCUUCUGAUCGUCUCCUCUCCUCCUCCUCCUCUCCACCGGCUUCCCUUGACUCCUCGAUGAUUUCGUUUUGUAAAGUCGCCCCCCUUUCCAAAAAAAGGUCAGCGAUUCUUCUUCUUCUUCAACCUCGAAUUACCCUGGGAUAAGCUGCCUGCUACUGUGAGCGCAUCUCAUCCGCGCACUCAAAGUUUCUCACCGGUGUAGAGCCCUGGCAUCGGGAUUUGGUCCGGAGAAGCCAAUGCGCGCGGGGUGUUUCGGAGUCCAGUUUAUGCAUUCAUUCCCUCAUUUGAGUCCGGAGUUGCCACUAAACCUCUGGAAACUGUGACAUGAGUUUCUGUGCUGCUUCACCUCCCGAGAGCCACGGAGAUUCAGCAGGAACAUGGAAAAUACUGAGUUAAACUUUGUCUUCUGCUCCAAACGCUGGUCCACGGGGGGUGUUGAGGUGAUGCAGGACCCCUUGUCAUCCCAGUGGAGGAGCCAACUAAUGAAGAGUGUCUUUGUCUGCUGAACGCCCUCCCUCCCCUGCCCCACACAAACACCUCCCUCCUUCCCCUCCCCCCCUCCAUCUCUGAUGGCUCUAUGGGGCGUCAUCAGCCUCAGCCUUCACUGCUGGGUGUGUUUACGGUCUGGUGCAGCAACAACAGCAGUAGCAGCCGGCCUUCCUAAUGACAAACCAGGGGGACCUCUGGAUUGGCUCCUGUCAGAUAAGGGGCCCUUCCACCACUCUCCAGAGUACAUCGAUUUUGUGGAGAAGAACCGGCAAGGUUUCUCAACCAGAUACAAGAUAUAUAGGGAGUUUGGAAGAUGGAAGGUGAACAAUUUAGCAGUGGAAAGAAGAGAUUUCUUGGAGUCCCAGUUACCGCUGACACCAGAGUUUGUCAGGAAUAUUCGACUGCUUGGCCGCAGGCCGACAACCCAGAUGAUCACUGACAAUCUGAUCAAGAAGUAUGGAACCCACUUCCUGCUGUCAGCUACAUUGGGAGGAGAAGAAGCCUUAACAAUAUUUGUCGACAAGCGGAAACUGAGUAAAAAAGCUCCAGAGGUGAGCGAUUACUCAGGCAACUCCUCCGCCGUGACCCUGGAAGCUCUGCACCAGCUGGCCGCAUCCUACUUCAUCGACAGGGAGAGCACUCUGCGCAAGCUGCACCACAUCCAGAUUGCCUCCACUGCCAUCAAGGCUUGCAAGUCAUUCUCCCGGACUACUUGAGGGAGAGUUUUGUUCUGGCUGCUCUGAGCUAUAUAGCCUGCAAUGGGGAGGGGGAGUUUGUCUGCAAAGAAAAUGACUGCUGGUGCAACUGUGACCCCAAAUUUCCAGAGUGCAACUGCCCCUAUAUGGACAUUCAAGCUAUGGAGGAGAGCCUGGAGAGGAUCACGGAGACGUGGGGGAUCCUUUAUAAAGAGUUUGAAGAAUCAGAUGAAUUCAAGGCGUUUUAUACAAGGCUUCCCCAGAACUACUUCCUGAACAUGUCAACUAUACAGCACUUGUGGUCCACGGACAGCUCCUUUCAGUGGCGAUAUGAGCAGCUGGAGAACAGCGUGCGCGUUUUAACCAAGCGAGCCCAGAGAGUCAUCUUCAAGCUUUUCAGUCUCAGCAAAAGAUGUCACCGGCAGCCGCAAGUCCGCAUGCCGAGAGAGCGAUCUCGGUCCUUUUGGCUCGGUCAUUUCCAGUCUCUCCUCUACUGCUCAGAGAACAACCAACUCGGCACGUUUUCAGAGGAGCUUCGCAGCUGCAGCUGCCGAUAUGAACACAUCCCCUGUCAGAUGCCCUCACCCUGCGCGGUCGGGGAAGGCUCCGGCUGUGCGUCGUGCACGCCAGACAACCUCACCCGCUGCGGAAGCUGCAACCCGGGCUUUGCCCUGGUGCAGGGGGUCUGCAGGCCUUUGGUGGCCGACUCCACAGAGAACUACCUAGGGUUUGAGAUGGACCUCCAGGAUUUGGAGCUGGGCUACCUACUUCAAAGAGCAGACCGACGACUGGAGGUUCAUGCCAUUUUCAUCAGCAACGACAUGCGUCUCAACAGCUGGUUUGACCCGUCGUGGAGAAAGAGGAUGCUGCUUACGCUGAAGAGCAACAAAUACAAGUCCAACAUGGUCCACAUGCUGCUGGGAAUAUCCCUUCAGAUCUGCCUUACAAAAAACAGCACCCUGGAGCCCGCUCUCACUCUUUACAUCAACCCGUUUGGAGGAAGCCACUCGGAGAGUUGGUACAUCCCUGUAAAUGAGAACGGCUUUCCAGACUGGCAGGCCACCAAACUGGAUCUGCCUUUUGAAUGUUAUAACUGGUCUCUGACAUUGGGCAACAAGUGGAAGACUUUCUUUGAAACCAUCCACAUCUACCUUCGUAGCAGGAUAAAGACUCACACUGGGGGAAACGACAGUGUUUACUACGAGCCCAUUGAAAUAACCGACCCUGCUCAGAGUUUGGGCUACAUGAAAAUCAACAGCAUCCAGGUUUUUGGCUAUAGCAUGCACUUUGACCCGGAAGCAAUCCGUGACUUGAUUCUUCAGCUGGACUACCCGUACACCCAGGGCUCCCAGGACACGGCCAUCCUUCAGCUCUUGGAAAUACGGGAUCGGGUGAACCGGCUGUCCCCCCCAGGUCAACAAAAGUUGGACCUGUUUGCAUGUCUGCUCCGUCACAGACUCAAACUGACUGCCAGCGAGGUGGUUCGCAUUCAUGCCUCCUUACAGGCCUUCAGCUCACGUCUGCCUAAUACAAUGGAUUACGAGACCACUAAAUUGUGUAGUUAGCAGCUGCUUGAAAGGAGAGAUUGGUCGUAAAUGGCUGCAAGGAGGACUCCUUGAGAUAAAAAUUGUGGCCUUUGUGGUACAGUUGCUUUUCCAGUCUCCAUGGAUUUACCUAACUCUGUAAUUAAUCAGGACGACCAGCUGUGGACAGCUGAAGAAUGUAUUCAAUCUGGCAGUUGUGGACAGUUCUAUACAUAGAGACUGGGGUUGGACCAGGAAGGAAAUGCACAACUGUUCCAAAAAAGAAAAAAUUGAAGGAGAUUUUAACUCGGAAAAGUACCAUAAAGCCGAAAACCAUACUGUUCCAAAAUGACUCUGCUCAUUUAUACUCUAAGCACCAACGGCAGGUGAAUGAACAAUUCCUGGUCAAAAUGGUACAGUCUUUGUUUGUAACUUUUAUAUGUUUCUUUGCUUUAGUGACAGUGCACUUUCCAUGAAGAACAGAUUAUCGUGGUGUCAGUCAAGUUCUUUUGUAGAUAAAUUGAUAUUAAAAGACAUAAUGUUAAAACAGA